GUAUUGGAGGACAGAAGAAUUGGUUCUAUUUAAUUUAAUUAAGUUUAAAUCAAUUCGAUGGACACGGAUCGUCGACCCAGACUCAGACGCAGUGCUCGCCUUCGUCGCAUCCUGUUGCGCAGACUCCUUGCGAUUCUUCCAGUUCAAAACUACCGCGUGAUCUUCUUUCUGGAUUCAAGACCUUCUGCUGCUCGUAGGAUAAUUUUGAAUGGGCCGCACCCACACCUCCAUGUGCUUUCUGGUCCAUCGGUACCGAAUCGACCUAGGUUCAUGCGCAUGGAUCUGUCGCGACCGUUCAAUGUGGUUCAGUCCGUCCUGUUGCCGAUAGCAAGAGCUCCGUCUGCUUUCCCUCAAUGGAUUCGAUACACCUCUGUAUCUCGAUGGGACCGUCCAUUCGGAGACGUCAGAGGAGUACUACUGAUGGGCAUGAUCGUGGACUCUUCGGUGGAGACCCUAAUGCGCCAAAAUCCCACCAGAGCCAUGUCCCUGAUCCUGUACAUUGCCCACUACUUCCUCUACUAAACUAAACCAAUGGAUAUACAAAUACCGAAAAAGCUUUAAUGUAUUGUCAAGUAUCUUCUGCAGAGGUUAAAAAUAUUGUA